AUGCCUAAUCUAGCACGAUCACCACCACUUAACAAAUCACAUAGCAUGUCUGAUUCUGACGUCGCAAAAUCGAGCAAUCCCUUACUUGAUGAAUCUAAAAUUAUGCAGAGAGAUAGUAAGCGGCGGCGAUUAUCAGAUACGGUUACGGAAAUUGAACAUGAUAAUAUUCGAACAAUCAUUCGAGAGGAGCUUCGUGAUAUGUUAUGUUCUCUCCAAACUCAGCAAAAUACACGAUUGGAUGCCUUUGAGCAGCAUUUUUCAGAAAUAAAGGGCCAAGAGGGCGAUAUAAAGAAAAUAAAUGCAUUACUCUUAGAAAUCAAAAAUACCAACAUAAGCAUUGAAGGUACAAUGUCCUUCCUUGCGUCACAAAAUGAUGACCUGAAAAAUAAACUAGAACACCUGGAAAUGCAAAACAAAAAGAAUAUUGAACAUAUAACAAUUCUGGAGGAAAAACUUGAAGAUAUUCAGCGGGAGAAACGCAAGGCUAACAUAGAAAUAAAGAAUGUACCCAAAAUGACAGAAGAAACCAGAGAAACCUUGGUAGAAAUGGUGACAAAUCUAUCAAAGACUUUAGGAUGCAAGCUCGAUGAAGGACAUAUCACAGACAUCUACAGGUUAAAAGCUAAAAGAGGAACAAAUGGAAACUCGCCAAUUAUAGUCGAAACCUCAUCGUCAAUGUUAAAAACGGAACUUUUGACACUAUGUAAGGCAUUUAAUCGUAAAACUAAACCAAAGCUAUGUGCAAAACACCUUGGUCUUAAAAAAAGCGAAGAUACACCUAUAUUCGUUUCGGAACACCUGACCAUCAAGGGCACUCGAUUAUUCUUUUUAGCACGGGAACUCGCCAAAACUAACACCUUCAAAUAUUGCUGGACUGCGUAUGGACGGGUGUACCUGCGAGAGCACGACACGUCCCCCAUAAUUACUGUGAAAAGUGAAUCCCAAAUAAACGGCCUGAUGCAGAAGAAGAAAAUAUGA